CGAGCCCCGCCGCCGCUGAGACCGCUGCCUGUCAACGUAGCCAUAUUGUUAGACGGGGGCAGACCAGUUACGAUCCUGACUUGGGUUGGGAAGAGUAUACAUUUUCACCUAGUUUGGAAUACAACGGAGUUCAAACUUACUUGGAAGUUUCCCGAACCGCUGAGUGAUCGUCGGGCGAGGUUACCAUGGUGGACCGGCUUGCCAACAGUGAGGCCAACUCCAAGCGGAUCGGCGUGGUGGAGGGCUGCUUCGGCGCGGCGGGCCAGCCGCUGGUCAUCCCGGGCCGCGUGCUGAUCGGCGAGGGCGUGCUCACCAAGCUGUGCCGCAAGAGGCCCAAGGCGCGGCAGUUUUUCCUGUUCAAUGACAUCCUCGUGUAUGGCAACAUCGUGAUCCAGAAGAAGAAGUACAACAAGCAGCACAUCAUCCCGCUGGAGAGCGUCACCAUCGACACGGUGCCGGACGAGGGCGACCUGCGCAACGGCUGGCUCAUCAAGACGCCCACCAAGUCGUUCGCCGUGUACGCCGCCACCGCCACGGAGAAGUCUGAGUGGAUGAACCACAUCGCCAAGUGCGUGGCCGACCUGCUCAGCAAGAGCGGCAAGUCGCCGACGGGCGAGCACGCGGCUGUCUGGGUGCCUGACUCGGAGGCCACGGUGUGCAUGCGCUGCCUCAAGGUCAAGUUCACGCCCGUCAGCCGCCGCCACCACUGCAGGAAGUGCGGCUUCGUGGUGUGCGGGCCGUGCUCGGAUAAGAAGUACCUGCUGCCCAGCCAGUCGUCCAAGCCAGUGCGCGUGUGCGAGUUCUGCUACGUGCACCUGACGUCAGCCGUGGGGGGCUAUGCCCAGCGCGCCGACUCCUUCGGCCGGCAGGGCUUCAACCUGUCGGACGACGAGGACGAAGACGACAGCAGCGACUGAGGAAAAGGUCUAGCCCCGGCAAACCCCCUGAACCCUAGCUUCACCCCCCCCCCCCCCCCCUCCCCCCUUAGCUCCCUGCUCUUCAGGGAGGAAUAGUUUGUUGAUUUAUUUCCCUUUGAUUUUCUUUUUUCCCAACCCUGGCCCAGAAUCCCGCUCACUAGCUUGAGGUGAAACUUGAACAUGCAGCUUGUGACUGCGUUUGGUCACCGUGCUUUGGUGGCCUUGAUUUUUAAUGAGGAUGUCUUCCCGCCCUAGGAGUUUGGAAGUAUUGACUUAAGACACACAUGCACACACACGUCUCUUUCAGCCCCUAGCCGACGUGUUCAGACGUCAUUACACAAGACAGUGGUGCUACUACAUCCCCAUGCUACCCCUUUCUGUCUCUUCGUCUCUUCAUUUUCCAUGAUGGAUUAUAGGCAUGAUAAGGGCCCUAACAUGCUCCACUAUCAAACCGCAUGGUGCUCUUUUUUUUUUUGCAAAUGUUUCACAAGGCUUUAUUUGUGAGUUCUAAACUUUAAUCUCCCGCUCGGGAUCGACCUAGCACUGCAGGCCCUGGCUUGCAGAACGUGUGUUUUGAGAGUUGUAUCUGAAACCUGCAGUAGGACCAAUCUAUGACUCAGUGGAGCUCUUUACAACCACAUUUUGUAGUGUGGAGUAAUAAUGACAAUAAUGGAAAUAUGAGGUCUUCAAUAGAUAAUAACAAUUCAGGUAGGUCAGGUUCGGUUUGUUUCACUGUUUUUGGUCACGGUUUUUGGUUAAAACAUAAAAAACAAAAAAUAGGUUUAAACUCGGAGUAGGCUCACUAAGGCAUCAAAUACUCUACUCCCUUUCUGUGUCUGUAUGUCUUCGACUGCAGAAUGUGUCUGCAAAUGUUUUAAACAUGCCCAAGCCUAGUCAUUUACAACAGAUUUUGAUGAGAACCGUUUCUCCCCAAAGUUUUGGUCUUUCAAAUUGGGUUAAAGAAUAUGCCAUGCAUUACAUUUUAUACUACAUUAUACUUUCUGGGGAAAAGCAACCCAGCCAAUUUAUUCCCAGUUUAGUUUGCGAGGGGCAGGAUUGUGGCUGGAGCCAGAUGGUGGGAAUGGUCAGAGAUGGUUCAGAGCGAGAAUAAGAUGAUGAAAACCUUUCCUGCUACUGCUCACUUGUCCCAUGUUGGUGAGUGUUUUUGAUUAGUAGUUCCAUUGAAAUCACCAAACCUUAAUUCUCCCGGUCCGUUCAAGUCUCGGCUUGAACUUGAGCUUGUGUUAUUUUUGCAACCCAAGUACCGCAGUGGAAAUAAACAGUCACCGUAGCAUUGGCUGAAGUAGCUCUGAGUUGUGCUCAUUAUCACUUUAACAUUGGGAUGGUUGUGUCCAAAAAAACAUUGGAAAAUCUCAGGAAGUGGAAAAUUCCAGAUUCUCAGCGCUAAACAGAAGCUCGUUCCUACGGGAGAGUUCCGGGCCCCAGAGACGCUGCUGCUGUCACUCAUCCCCAGUCAUGAGCGCUUCUCUGGCCUGAACUAUUAUCAGCAUGAUGGGUUCUUUGAUGACACCCAUUCUGGUGGCUGAGGUGUGUGACACCCAAGGAACACAUGGACCCUGGCCAGUAUCCUGUUAGGUGACUUCAGUGGUUUAGACGUUGAGCAGAGUGGGGUUGCUUGGACAAUUUGUCGUCCGUCCGUCCCGCCUUCCACAAGAAAGAAAACCGUCGUGAGGUUUCUACCACCCCCCCCCCCCCCCCAUUCCACAAGGCAGUAAACCGUUGAAAGGGCUUCCAUUGUGGCCUGCCUCACUCUCUCAGUUUGUCAGGCAGCGAUGCGUCAUAAAGAGAGCGUUGUUGCUCAAUGAUUGUUGCUGCCAUCCCGUCGCUGACGGCUCUAGUGAGAGGAUGGAAUAAUCAGGAAACCCACACAUCGUCUUCCCUUUCACGCCACGUCACACAAAAAGACCACCUGGGCCUUACUAACCCCCUCGCUGAGCCACAGGAAGUUAAUCUAACCUACAGGAAGUCAGUUACCCUCAGGGCCAUCCCUCAUUGUGUCCGUUCAUACAUCGGAGUGCAUUGUAAAGUCAAUGACCACGGAUUACCCUGGUCAUGUGAUCAGAAUGCAGAAAUGGCAGAUAGGGAGGAGCUGCUUGGCCACCGUGAUAAAGUGUGUGCGGAUGUGUGCGCACAUAAAUGAUGCAAGCUGUCAGUCCUGCCACUAUUUUCUAUUCCUGUUUUUCUACGCUUAACCCUUUAUUGAACUUGUUGAGUUUAAUCUUUGAAUAGGGGACAAUAAUAACCACAAAGACAUUAUUAGAAUGUACUUUGUGCCCUCAAAUAAAACCGCGACGGACAGUGAUUCUAAACUCUGAGGUUGUUGAGCUUCAAUUCACUGGUGAGAAGCAGUCUAUUUUGUGUGUUUGAGAUGCAGCUCCUACACCACAGGCCCAACCCUACACCACACCAAAGCUCAACAGUUGGCACCUAUUUGUGUGUGCGUCAUGUUGGGUGGCUUUGUGGCCACAAUCUAAUGCGAGAGUGGUCCUCUUUGAAAGACACGUCUUCUCCCCGCAUUAAGAUAUAUUUUUGUAUUUGCCCGACACCCAUUUGGAUACGAUGGGCAUGACAGACCACAUGCUUUGUAUAAAAUCAAACGUCACCGUUCUUGCUUUCUGGGUGAGUGUCUUUAUAAAGAUAUAAAAAUAACGUUUCUUUAACAGUCAAAACCUAAUUCUUUGCAACCAAUUGCUACGGUGGUUUCUGAAACGGUCCACUGUAGGACUGUUCAGGCCCAUAUGGUUGUGUUCACUGCCCCAACUAGCUAAGCUAUGCUUUCUACGCCGCCUGCUAACAAUCACGUUCCCACAUGUGGAACAAAAAAAAGGGAUCCUAGUCUAUUUUUGUACGUGUUUUGAAGAUGAUUUGAUGUAUGCCGUGUGAAACCCCUGGAGAUGCUGCUCCGCACCACAGGAGGGGGCGAAGUCUUUGGAAUUAACAUGGAAAUCCACAUUUGUAACACGACUCAGAGGCUGUUUCAUGGGACGGGUUGGAUCAGAGAAUCUCCUCCCUGCCGUCCAACGCAUCAGCACUGAAUUGCACUUAACCCGUCGAUCUCCGGCUAAGAGCUUUAAGUGGCCGCUCAAACCGGCACAUCAGCGGAGAGCUGGUUCUGUUGCCCCUCUCCCCCCUUUUGAUGUUAAACAAUGAUUUCCUUUUCUUUUUUUGUACAGAUUUGCGUUUGUCCUUGUAUUGUAUUAGUUGUGUGACGACGCUGUCUCUAGCGCCUGCCCCCCCCCCCCACCCCCAAGACAGGAAUUCCUCUGGGUUUAGAUGCGAUGGAGAGAGAGAUUGUGUUUGCAUGUGUGGUGUUUUUAUUUCACAAACUCAAGUGAGGUCAAAUUUAAUUGUAUCGCCUUUGAGCACAGUCAGACAGGGGUUCACUGCCCCACACUGACCCACACUGCCCCAAACCACAGACCAGUCUAAAGGGCAAAGAAAAAGCACAGUCGACUGUGGACUUUCAUCCAUUAAUUGGAGGAUGAGGGUCACAUUGGCCGGGCUGAUGCUGACCAUUAAAACAGACUGCCCAGACCAGUGGAUGAGGCUCCCAGUUAUAGGCCACUAGGUCAGCGUUAACCCAGGGAGAGGGUGCUUGUCCUGGGCUGUCCUCACCACGUCCACCCAAAUAUGCUUCAGUCGUUAAAGGAGCCCUAUUUGACCACCAGGAGAUUACAAAAUGGGUCCAUUAGUGACAUCAGAAGUGGGUGUGUCUACCCGGAUAUGUAAUAUAAUUGGUCUAAAAUAGAGGCUCUUUGAAUGGGAUAGUGUUUGUGUCUGUUAUCUGUGUGGCUGUUCAAGGACCAAUCAAACAAGAGGGAGCUGGGGCUAGAGUCGAUAGACAGACGAGUUCUGCUCGUGACCAACUUGGAGUUGUAGAGCACAGAUCAUGUUUAAGGGACUAUAAUGAUAUUCAGGUAAACUGAUGAAUGAAUUCUCCUGGAUUUCUAUGUGUGCUCUAAUGUGCUUCUUGGUGUUGUAUUUUUAUCUCCAUUUCAUUUUUUCCAUCGGUUGGUUUGAUUGGAAGGUGUUUAUUUUUGCAUUGAAAUUCUUUAUUUUAAAUGAAAAGGGCUUCAAUUUGAAUGUAAUCCAGUAUGUCAUUGUUAGAUACAAAUUUUGACAGAAUUUUAAAUAAAAGAAAAUCUAAAUA